AUGAACGCCCGAUCUCAAAUGUUCGAUUUGGCGGUGGAAGGGCAUCAAGCCGACGAAGCCGUCGCUAGUAUUUUCCACACGGUGUUGUUCCACCGGACGCACGGCAAGUUCCUCUACAGCACCGAAGGGAGUUACUCGAUCGGUACGAUCGGUUACACCGAUGUAGAUUGCGACUUUAUCGACCUCACUUAUGUGUGUUGUUCGUCGAAAAGGCUCGACGAGACUCUCAAACGCGAAAUUAGCCUUUUUAGCGAGCAAUUGAGGGGCAAUGAGGGCACAGGGAUGGGCCAAAUCAGUCUCGAGUUCUUCCAGAAGAAGCCUCGGAGUCGGUGGUUGUUCCAACCGGAGAGCAUCCCCUGGGAGGUGUGGACGGUGCGUCUAGAGUUGAUCACUUUGAAUAGCGAAGGGGAGAGACAAGUGUAUAGGGAGCAGAUGGGGGAAUUACUCGCCGAUAAGAUCUUCUCGAUAGCUGAAAUCAUGAAUCGGCACGACUAUUUGCCCAAAAUGCCGAGUCAGUCCGAAUUGGAUUUGAUUUUCGAUACGUCGUAUCCGGAUGUGCAGCCCUAUUUGUUCAAAGUGAAUUACUCGAUUUCGGGGCCGUCGUCGGGCUCCUCAGUGGGCUCCACCGUCAAGAAGCUAAUCAAAGAGACUUUAGCACUUUAAAACAAUUUUUUAGUAGAAUUUUGUCAAUUAGGACGCGCUUGAGAGAUUUUUCAUGACGUUGUUUGAGAUUUUUUUUUUCAGCUAGAGUAGGAGAUUUUAGAAUUUAUUUAUUUUUUAAACGAUAGUUGUUAUAGUUUGAGGGUGCAGCUUCUUAUUUUCGAAGUGAUCAGUCUGUGAGUUGGCUACUUAGGAUUAUUGACGUGAUUUUCUAGUUUAGUUUGUGCAUGCGGCGGCUAAGCCAUACGAAAGAUUUUAUUUUAUUUUAAUUUUAAUUGAGGCAUUUUCGUAUCGUUAUGGCCUCCGUAUUUUAAAUUAAGUUACUAACAAAGUUGCGACGCAACGAAUAAAUUUUGAUCGUAAAAUCUCAGUGUGAUCUGACUUUGUCUCGGUGGCUUUUUCACCUGUAAUCGGGGUGUUGUCUCCUGAUCGAAGUGUGUUUGUUUGUGUGCGAAGUACCGAAAGGCUAGUGAGAAGAUUUCGUUUCGAUUCGGGUGAAAAAAGUUGCCGAUUUGCCGAACCAAAGUGAUGGAAAAAUAAUCUUUUAAAAUUUUACCAAGUCGGCACUGUUAAGUAUCCAGGCGCUUACGGCACGUCUUCGAUGUUUAUUCCUCAAAUUCAUUGUAAAUAAUUGUGAAUAAUAGUUCUAGUUUUAGAUGAACAAUGAAUGUUGUGAUUUUGAGUCGUUCAUUAAUAAAGACUUUAUUUAUUUUA